AUGGGGAAGAGGAUCUUGCUACACGGAAAAAAAACAGCAAUGCCUUACAAUCAAAAUCCAGAGCAGUCAACCAGGAAUCAUAGUGAAGAUGAAAAAAAGGGAAAGGAGAAAUGGGAAAAUGAAGAAGGAGAAGAAGAGAGGAAAGAAGAGAAAAGAAAAUGGGAAGACAGGCUGUAUCCCAAGAAAAGAUUACUCAGCAAAUCCCUCAUGGACAAUCUUUGGGCAAAUUUUAUUAAUAAAUGCCCUAGAGAACGAGAUUAUCUAUCGCUGUCAUUUCAAUUUAACAUGACAGAUAAACAGAUAAAAGAAUGGUUUUCUGAAAAGAGGAAGAAAUACAAGAAAGAUAUGUUCAAGGGAAACAUAACAAAAGACACAAGAAGUAAGAAUGUUUUAUAUGUACAGCACUAAGUUGUAAGGAAGUAAAAUGGAAUAUAUUGACUUUUUGGAGAUCA